GGUGUUUUCACCUCGAGUUGUAAUAUCGAAACAACAAAUUAAGGAAUACAAUAAACGAAUGUGUGUCGCCUAGAAUUAGCAGGUCAUUCUUUGUGUAAAGCAACUAGCAGUAACGGCCGAGUUGAGGUGACGUCGUGUGUAUUUUCCGAGUUCGAAUCUCCCUUUUCCGAUUAUUCCGACACCACCUGAACGCAGGGUGAUUUUACAGCUUGCCUGUGUGUUAGCCGCAUCCCACCAAAGUGAUCAACAGCUCCCCGUCUUCAUAUCAGAAGCCUUUUAUUUCAAUAGAUUCUGAUUUCAAGAACAAAAGUUAAUAACCGGAGUGUGCGGAGUGUUACAUUACAGUCAUCGUUUAUCGCUGACUGCGUUUCUUUUGGCGUCUUUUAGCCAGCUAACGGCAGCGUUAGCACAGCGGCCGCAGGUAUGGCGGAGGUUCCCGGGACAUCAAGUGAGACGAUAACGGAGACGGUUCAGACCAGCACACCGCCGCCGCCCCAGCAGGAGGGACGCAGUCUGACCAUCAAGCUGAGGAAGAGGAAGACGGAGAAGAAGGUGGAGUGGUCCAGCGACACCGUUGACAACGAGCACCUGGGGAGAAGAUCCUCAAAGUGCUGCUGUAUCUACGAGAAGCCCAGACAGUUCGGAGAGUCGUCCUCCGAGAGCGAUGGAGAGGACGAUGACGAAGGCUGCGGCAGCGCCCACUGCAUCCUCGGUCAUGGCAGGACAGACCACGGACAGAGGGGGGGCCGGGGGGCCUCGGGGCCUCCAAACUCUGGAGGGGCACACACACACUAAUGAGGCUGAACGAAGGGGAGGGGUGGGGGGGGGAAGUGGUGAGGAGUUUCUCACGCAUCAUACAAAAUGCACUCUGUCUUUAGUUUAGCUCCAUUAAGCGAGGAAAGGGGGCGGGCCGGAUGCUGCAUUCAGUAAAGAGUCAAAAAGUCCAGCUGCGUCUGAAAAAACGACAUCAUCAUUUCAUUAUCUGCUUCAAACGGCAGAGAGCAUGCUCAGUAACCUGCCAGCUCAUCAGGGGAACAUGGACUGAUGAGGACACGCCCACUUUUAAAAUGUCUCCGAUGUCUGCUGAAGGACACGAGCUGUGAUCAAAACAGAAUCAGAGUCUUUCAUGUUUUAGCUCUUUUUUACUACAAAUCCCAUAAUUCCUGCCAAAGGCUUCUGCGUUUCCUGCUCUUAAGGCUUCGGUUGAAAUUCUAAUUUGUGCUUCUGCUGCUGCUCCUCAAGUCAUACACUGAAAUAAUUUGUCUAAAACACUGAAGAUCUUUACUUCACUAUAAUGUGCUCAGUUGUGCCAAUAUGGCGGCACAUUUCCCUGAUCUAAAAACAAAUAACUUUUUUAUCUCAGUCUUUCUCUCUGUAGGUAGGCCUGCGUGUUACUGCGAGAACGAUUCACUCGACAGGGUGACGGUGUAACAUCAUGUAACACGUGAUAGUUUCACUGUUAUGUGAUUAUGUUUCUCUUUUAUCAUUCUUCAUUUACGUGCGUUUUCCUCAUAAAUAGGCGAAAUAAAAACUCUUGUUCAGGCUGUAAAAUAAUAGUGCGGUGAUGUAAAGCCCGACCGAUUAAUCGGCUGAUAUUAGCUUAUCCAGUGACUAUCAGUAUCGGCUAAUUUUAUCACAGAUAUGUGCCAAUAUUACUCGAUUUAUUCACCAGAAAAAAAUAGCAUUUAAUUUGAGCAUCAUUGUAUUACACUGGCUUUUCUCUUUCUGACUGUCACCAGCAGAGGGCGCUAUUUGGAUUACAACAAGCACUCUCAGAGUGUCGAGCAGUGAUGCACGUACAUGGUCAGUUACUUUUGUUUGAUAACUGCAUCUGAGGAAUUAACAUAAUAAAUGUGUUUAUAUAUCUAUAUCUACAGAUCUAAGAAAGAUAUCGGCCGAUAUAUCGGUAUCUGAUUUUUUUCCCCCCUCACCGUUAAAGAUAUCGGCCCCAACAAUCUCAUAUCGGUCGGAGUCUCCUCCGAUGUUUGAUGUUGUAGUUACAGGUUGACGCCUGUUGAUUACACUGGUGACCUAAACAGGAUGUGAUCGUUCAUGAUCACAGACAUGUUGACCGUCAGCACCUUGUUGACAUGUUGAUGAGAGGGUGGAGUCGGA